CGUCCUAGAUAGAAGAAAAAUCCAAUAAGAUCCAGUUUGCAACUUUCCUAUUCUUAUGGUAUGCAAACCCUCACCCGUCCAUUAAUCAAAUUUCCAAAUUCGAUUCGGUUCAACCCCUGGAAACAUUCACCCUCUCUCUAUAUAAUCUGCCCCCAUUAUCACUAAUCUCUGUCGAUAUUACUCAGUUUCACACACAUUUCAAGUCCCAACCAACCCAUCUCUCUCUCUCUCUCUCUCUCUCUCUCUCUUUCUCUCUAUCUCUCUCUCUCUCUCUCAUGGGUGUCUUCGGAGGUGCAGUAUUCGUGGUCAUUUCUCUACUUGUGAGUGACCUAGCGGUUACGACGCUGGGACAUACUAAUGGAAAGAGAGAAGAAACUGUCGAGGCCGGUUCCUGCGAUGCCUCCGCAGGAUCGUGGGUCUAUGAUAGUUCAUACCCUCUCUAUAACUCAUCCCAGUGUCCCUUCCUACAGAAGCAGUUCAAGUGCCUUGAGAAUGGCAGGCUCGACAGAGAUUACCUCAAGUACAGAUGGAAGCCCGCCGGCAACUGCAACUUGCCGAGGUUUGACGGCCGAGCCUUCUUGUUUGGAUUGAGAGGGAAGAGGCUGAUGUGUGGGGACUCGUUAAGCUUGAAUCAAUGGCAAUCCCUCACUUGCAUGGUUCAUACCGCGGUGCCCAAGGCCAAAUACACUUUGACAACAGUUGCUGGGCUUUCCAACUUCUCAUUCCCAGAAUAUGGAGUGCAGCUGAUGUUUUUCCGAGACGCGUUCCUGGUGGACAUAGUGAGCACGAGCACCGGGCGAGCUCUCAGGCUCGACUCUCUCCAGAACGCCAAGCUAUGGGAGGGCGUCGACGUGUUGGUAUUCAACUCGUGGCAUUGGUGGCUUCACAGGAGGAAACAACCAUGGGAUUAUAUCCAAGAAGGGAAUAAGAUUUACAAAGACAUGAAUCGCUUGGUGGCCUACAAGAAGGCAAUGAAUACUUGGGCCAAAUGGGUGGACUCCAGGGUGGACCCAUUGAAAACUACUGUCUUCUAUCAAGGAGUUUCCCCAGACCAUGCAACUGCAAGUGACUGGGGUCAACCGAACGCCGACGCUUGUGUCGACCAGAAGCAUCCGCUCGCUGUGCGGCGAUACCCAGCCGGCCCAAACCCGGCGGAACUGGUGGUAGAGAAAGUAAUAAGAUCGAUGACGUACCCGGUCCGUCUGCUCAACGUCACGUAUCUCUCGCAGCUCCGAGUAGAUGGACAUCCAUCGGUGUAUGGCUUGGGAGGACACAGGACCAUGGAUUGCAGCCACUGGUGUCUUGCUGGAGUUCCUGACACCUGGAAUUUGCUCCUUUAUCAGUCUCUUGUAGCUCACAACUUUUGAAUCUGCACAUCGCUAGAAUAAGUGAACAAUUCACAUUCAGAUUUAAUUCAUCAUGGAAAUUUGUGGUAUUGGGGAAAGAAAAUUCCCUAUUUGUGGC